AUUAAUUAUUCGUUUACAAAGAUUCGCAAAAUCACUAUUUCACCAAUGUACAUAUUUAGUGCGAAUAUUUAUUAAAACCACAAAGUUAGAAAUUAUUUUAAAUUUUCCCACAAUAUUAUAAUGCGGUAUGCUCAAGUAUUUUAUAUAUCCAUAUACCUUUUGGCUGUAAGUUUUAAAGAUGUCCUAUGCAUCGUUGACCCGGUGUCUUUAUCCAUUGGAGCUGGCGUUGGCCUUGGUGCACUAUAUGGGUUUAACUUUAUGAAAGAUCAAACCUAUUGCCGGGUAACAGAGUGUUGUAAUGAGCGCAGUAUACCGGGGAAUAUUGGUAAUCUAAGAGAUAUGCUACAGAAAAGAUUGUACGGCCAACACAUUGUUAAGCAGCAAUUGAUAUCAGCGUUAGAAGCUCAUUUCAAUCCGAGAAUUUCCUCACGAAAACCACUGGUAAUGAGUUUCCAUGGCACACCAGGAACUGGUAAAAAUUUUGUUGCUGAAAUGAUUGCAGAGGCCUUGUAUGAAAAGGGAACAAAAAGUCGUUUUGUACAUAAAUAUAUGGGAAGAUUAGAUUUUUCAGUGGAAAAAAAUGUGCACAUCUAUAAUCAACGCAUUUAUCGAGACGUGGUGGAGGGCAUAACAGAAUGUCCACGUUCACUGUUUAUUUUUGAUGAAGUGGACAAAAUGCCUCCCGGAGUUUUUGAGUCGCUAGCAUCCUUGGUGGAUUAUAAUGCGCUUCCAAACAAAUUAGAUGGCUCUAAAGCUAUAUUUAUUUUUCUUUCCAACUUAGCUGGUGUGCAAAUAUCAGAUCAACUAGCGAAAAUGUUAAAGAAUGGUGAACUACGCGAAAAUAUUAAGUUAAGCGCUUUCGAACAAAUACUAGAGAAAGCAUCAUACAACUUAGAUGGUGGCCUAAAAAAAGCCGGUUUGAUAGAGCAACAUGUAAUCGAUCAUUACAUUCCAUUUUUGCCACUUGAAAAGAAACAUGUCUAUCAGUGCACAUCUGCCGAAUUUAUGAAAUGGGAACGGUAUCCCCAUAAGCAAGUCAUAGAGGCUAUGCUUCAAGAAGUGAUUACGUAUGAUCGCGCACAUGGACUUUUCUCAACAUCAGGCUGUAAAACCAUAGAGAAAAAAGUAGCUACAGAAGUUUGGAUUGAAAAACAGUCGGUUUAAAUUUGAUUUAUGUAUUUUUUUUUAUUAAAAUAAUGGCAUAAACUGCAAA